GUUUGAGGCGCCGCCACCACACCACAAACAACACGACGAAGAAGACCACCACGCCUGCGUCACUCGCCUUGCUUUGGCUGUUGUUGGCUGCUUUGGCUGUUGUUGUGCUCGCUUGCGGACAUCAUCGUGGGUGCACGCGUACACCGUUUGAUUUUGGCCAAGGAAAGAGGGGAGCUGGCAUUCCGUCCCCCUCUCUGCUUGUGUUCAGCGCCUGCAAAGAGGCAAAGUGCUCGUUGCUCCAUUGGCUAGUCGACGUCGCAAGCCAGCAGUCCAGCAGUCGCUUUCGACAGCAACGACUACCCUCCCUCUCUCUGCAUGCAACCAACCGCCAACUACCAACCAUGAGCGGGGACACCAUCACCUUCAAGCUGUUUCAAGACGAACCCACCGGGCCAGCCUUCAUCAGCGAGUGCAAGAUGGACCGAAGCAUCCUGCCGCCUGGUUGGCCAACACAGGGCGUGCUCCUGCUGAAGGUGAAGCGCGCGGGCGGUGGCGUUUCUCCUCGCAUUCACACAGUCAGCCAGGCCCUCGAAGGCACGCAGCCGCUGGACGUGUCCUUUGAGGACGAGGAUCGCCAAGGAAAGGUGCUCAGGCUGUGGAAGUGCCUCAAUCACAGGGGGAACGAAAAGGCGGGUGAAAUCCUGUCAGACACACAGAACCCGAGCAUAUACUUUGUGGCCACGCCGAAGCAAAUGGGCCGCUUCCGCAUCUACUACCGCGACGGCGCCCCACUGCAACGCGCAGACACCAGCCACCUGCGACUCAAACUCCACGACCGCCACCACCGGCAGCGCACAAGCUCCUCCACAUCGUCAACGCCAACCAGCACCCCAGUCGACAGCCCAAAGGGCCUGCACGUGCAGGGCCGCCUCUCGCUGCCACCCACGUUCCUGCUCAAGGAAGCCUACGCGCGACACGAGUGGAUCUUUGGCGCCUUUGCAGAGCUGAUUCACAACUCGAGCGACGCAGAUGCGCGCAAUGUCCGCAUCCGGCCAAAGACCAUGGGCGGCGAGACGCUCAUUGAGCUCAGGGAUGACGGCGUGGGCAUGUCAAAGGAAGAGAUUGAUACCAUGAUGCAGCUGGGCCGCAAACAGGACGUGAGCGACACCCAUCGCAGUGGGCGGUUCGGGUAUGGCUUCAAGACGGGCUCCAUGCGCAUUGGACACCACGCUGUCGUGCUGACCCGCUCCAUACAGCACAACAGCGUCUGUAUUGGUGUUCUCUCUCGUCGCGGCCCCACUGGCGAAGACGACAUCAUGUGCGAAACAACCAAGCUCAACAUCGGGUCAGGCGGACACGCCGACGCAGAGAACCAGCAGGAGUUUGACUCUGUACUGCAGCGCAUCAUGGAGCGAACGAAGGUGAUCAACCAGCUGUUUGUGGGGCGCUGGAUGCACGAGAACCAGACCAGCGGCACCACCAUCCUCAUCAGCGACCUCGUCAAGAAGGAAGACUCCUACGGUUACAUGCAGCCCGAGCUCGACAUGACGAGUGUGCCGGACGACUUCCGCAUCUGGCAGGAGGACCUCGACGGGAACCGGCAGCACUACCAGCGCAAAGUGAAGGACGGUGUGCUGGCAGACGACAUUGAGAUGGACUACUCCCUGCGCAAAUACGUGGCCAUCAUGUACCGCACACUGCAGACGCGCCCGCCCUCCCGCCAGCACCCGCACGGCAUUGACCUGCGCGUGUUUCUGCACGAUAAGCUGGUGGAGCGGCGGAGUUUGGAGCAGGACCUGUCUGAUGUGCAGGUGAGCGAACUCAAGGUGAAGGCGCUCAAGCCAAAGCGCAGACCGGGCGCAGCCAACGGCAGCGGGGGCAGUGGUGGUGGCGCGAUUGUGAAGAAGGAGAUCAAGGAGGAGGAGGAGGAGUUGAAGGAAGAGGAGGAUGAUGAGGGGAUGUUGGAUAGGGUGAAGAGGGGAGUGAAGUCUGAAGUCAAGGAGGAACCGAACCCCAAGAUGAAGAUGAAGAUGAAGAAAGAGGAGGAGGAGGAGGAGGAGGAGGAGGAGGAGGAGGAGGAGGAGGGGCGCACGGAUGUGAAGAUGAAGCCCAUCCUGAAGGCGAGGCCCAAGAAGGAAGAAGAAGAAGACGAAGAAGACUAUGGGGCGGACGCUGCAAAGGCGCUGGUGAAGAAGGAGGAAGAAGUGGACGACAUGAAACCGCUCGCCGUUAAGGACGACGAUGAAGACGUUAUUCGCAUCAGCAUCGGGUUCUCGGAGAUGUACAAGCGCAAGAAGCUCGGUGGCAUCAUGCUGUACUCGGCCAACUGCCUCAUCUGCUCGUUUCUGCGACAGGCGGCCCACAUCACGUCGCCGCACCAGGGCCUUGGCGUGAUCCUGCUGGCAGAGCUGCCCAAGAAGCACUUUGUGCCGCACGACAACAAGCAGGAGUUCCACAACAACCACAUGUACCAGCGGCUGCUGCUGCGGCUGCACGACGUGUUUGUGGAGUAUGACCAGGCCCGCGAGACCAGGGCGUACAAGAAGAUAUCGCACAGCGAGCUGUCAGAGCACGAGGUCGUCGACUGGAUUCAGUGCGACUCGUGCAACAAGUGGCGGUGCCUGCCGCGUGAGUACGUGCAAACUGUGCAGUCUGGCAAGUGGUACUGUUUCCAGGAAGGCAGCCCGCUGCUUGAGAAAUCGGGCAACCCGUGCGAUGAUGUGCCUGAGGACAAGCAGUCCCUGGAGGACCACCUCCUUGUGUCGGGCUCCGACGAGCAGCCUGCCAAGCGCGCCAAGCUGGCCGGUGCUGCGUCGUCAUUGUCGUCGUCGUCGUCGUCGUCGUUAAGCGCAGGAGCGGCGAAGAGGACUGGCGGCAGCAGCAGUGCGGCGGGUGGGGGGAUUGCUUACGAGGUGGACGAGACCACGGCGCAGCCAAACCUGGCAGACGAGCGGUUUGCGCGUGUGUUCAGGGGGUCAUGGAGGCAGGAGAAGGCGGAUGGGAGCAUUGCACUUGCCAAGCACGCCCUGGUCGUGCUGGUGGAGUGCCCCAUCAGCCCAAACCUGACGUCGCGCGUUGCCAAGCGCGCCCUGAAGGACCUUGACCUGCUCGUCGCCAACAGGCACCGGCGCGUGGCGCGCUACUACUUUGUGGACCGGGUGGCGGGCCGCUUUGCAUACAUUGCGGCCGUGCCGUCGUACACGCCGUUCCGCGACGCGCUCACCAACGCCACCACGGCCCAGGAGCAGCUGUACACGGCGAUGCUUGAUGUGGGCCAGGCGCUGCAGUGGUGUGAGGACAAGGCAAUGCGCCUGCCGUGCAUUUACCACAAGCACAUUCGCUUCAUGCCCUCCUCAGGCAACAAGCUCAAGGGGAUGCUCUUCGAUUUCGACUUUAGCCGGCGCCUGUCUGGCGUGACGCGCGAGACAUCAAGCGACCGCUUGCUCUACUUGCCGCCAGAGUGCGACGCCAAACCAGACAACGCCAGCUCACAGGCGCAGGCUUAUGCCUUCUCUCUCCUCGUGUAUGAGAUUCUCACCCGCAAGCGCGUGCGUGCACAUGCCCGGUUCCGGCCCGCCGCUGUUGCUGCACUCGGCGCGCACGCGUCUGCGUUUGACCUGCUCACGCCGCGGUCGGCCUCGCUCACAUCGUGGGAGGUGACGUUCCGGGCGGCGAUGGCCGUGACGCUGGAGGAUCUGGACGGGGAGGAGGGUGGUGGCGGUGGCGAGCACGCGGAUGCACGCCUGGACCUGCCCUCGCUGCUGGGGGAACUCGAGUCGCUCCAGCAGCAGCUCAUCCUCAACCACAUGUGCACCCAGUACAUGUACCACGUGUGCCUGGACGCGACGAAGCUGCUGCACCUUCCAAACAAGGACCCGCCGUACCGCGCGCGGCCGCGAACAACACGGGAGCAGGACCUGCACGUGUUUGCGUCGUCGCUGCUGAAGGGCGAGCCGCAGGGGCCGUAUCUCGCCUACGUGCUGUCGUUUGAGGCGGCGCUGUUUGGCCUGCUGCGCUUUGGCGACCGCGCGCCAGGGGUGGUGCUGCUCACGCGCGCAUAUGAGACGUUCAAGAGCACGCUGCAGCGGGACCUGCGGUUUAUUGACCGGGAGCCGUCGAUUGCGGAGCACAUGAGCGAGGCGGACCAGGCGCAGCUGCGGGACGUGUGCAGCGUGGCCGUGGCCGUGACGGGCGAGAAGAAACAGGUGCGGGCAAAGCGCAUGCCCGUGCACCAUGCGCUUGCGCUGCGGCCCAACGCAGCCAAACCACUUGUGCGACGGCUGCUGACGGAGUGCCGGCCAAAGGCGAACGCGGCGUUUGCAGUGUGGAAGCGGCAGGUGUUGAAUCGGCGGUUCAGUGACGCCGAGCUGACGCAGUUGGAGCAAGACCUCAAGGUUGGCCUGGACGUGGCGCUCCGCCUCCUGGACGAGCACAGAGCAGACGCAUAGGCGCCGUGGUGGUCGUCUGUCGCUUGUGUCGCUUGUGUUGUUUGUGUCGUGUGUUUCGUGUGUGUCGUGUGUUUCAAAUGUGUGGUGUGUUUGAUUGUUUUUGUGUGCGUUUGUGCGUGGUGUGAUUUGUGUCAAUGACGUUGUUGUUACGCUGAUCAAUUAGGCCCCCAGGAGACAGAGUGAGAGAAGAGAGAGAGCAGAGAGAGAGAAGAGAGAGAGAAGAGAGAGAGAGGGAGAGAGGAGGUGGUGGUGAUGGAGGAGGAGGAGGAGGAGGAGGAGGUUGCGCCCGCGCACACAAUAAACAACCCACUGGUCA